GGUGGUGGCCGACUGAAACCUCACCCCGAGGUAAAAGGGAGGGAUAUUUGCCUUCGACAGUUUUGCUUGUUGCUUGUAAGACCAGUUACAACAAUAGCGGUGCCGAGUGGAUGGAGGAAUACGCUUCCGUCACGACGUUUGGGUCACAACAUUGACAUUCAGAUGGCUGACAAACCAAAAUAUUAAUCCGUGCCCGUUUUCCGGGUGUGACGAAAAGUGGACCUCAGAAUAUAUUUACGUUGACGGUACGGUCAGAGGAGGAUUUCGGUCGGAGGUGGACUAUAUCCGUGACAUCCACUGGAUUGUAACUCUGGGAAGCUCGUCGUCGGCCAUCGGUUCCUCUGGAAAUGGCGGCGAGCUGUACGACAGAUUUCAAGCCGGUUACUCAUGUCAUCUUCGACAUGGACGGCCUUCUCCUCGACACGGAAAGACUGUACACUCUUGUGUUUGAUGAAGUCUGUGGACGUUACAAUAAGAAGUUUACAUGGGAGUUGAAAUCCAUGAUUAUGGGUAUGCAGACCAUGGCUGUGGCCAAAAUUAUUUGUGACAAACUGGAACUUCCAAUCACUCCAGAGGAAUUUGUGGAGGAAUGUUCUGUUAUAGAGAAACGUCUGUUCGCUUGUGCAAACCUAAUGCCAGUAGACAACCCUAGGGAGAAACAUAGCUUUUGUGUUCUAAGUCAACCUGUUCUGAUGCUAUUCCACACACAUUUGGAGAAGGUGGGACUGGAACCUGGAUUUUCUUACUUAGAGAUUUUCUUACCAAGCAUCCCAAAAGGCGUAGAGAGGUUAGUUCACCAUCUCAGUGAACACAGUGUGCCAAUCGCAGUGGCUACCAGCUCACCGAAGGAAAAGUAUAACCUAAAGACAUCCAGGCACAAGAAAUUCUUCUGCUUAUUCCACCACAUUGUGUGUGGCGAUGACCCUGAUGUGAAGAAAAGCAAGCCUGCACCUGACAGCUUCCUGGUCUGUGCGAAGAGAUUUCAGCCUCCACCACCUAUUGAAAAGUGUCUUGUGUUUGAAGAUUCCCCAAAUGGAGUUACAGCAGCACUGGCGGCAGGAAUGCAAGUCGUCCAGAUUCCGGAUCCGCAGCUUGACCCAGAACUGACAAAGCCAGCCACCUUGGUACUCAAGUCCAUGGAGGAUUUCAAGCCAGAAUUGUUUGGUUUGCCUGCAUACAAGUAGAAACAGUUUCUGGACACAGAUUGGGACCUCUCUCUCUUUCUCUUUAUCUGUUUUUUUUCUCUCUCUUUCCUCCUAGACCAUGUGGUGAAAGAAGACAUUUCACGAACACAUCAGGUUUUGCUUAUUGAGUUCCACCAUUCACCAAUUUGCAUAACCUGUUUGGAAACAAGUGGAAUACCCAUGUAAUACUCACACCACCGAGGUUAAGACAAAAGCUGGGGCCUGCACCUCCACUAUCCGUCAGGCCUUCAUGUGGAUGCGCUGUUAAUGUUUCUUAGAUGGAGUUGAAACCAAACUAAGGCAGCCAAUAUGAUUUGCAGUAUCAGGGACAUUCUUUCGUAACAGUGGAGCUGUUGUUACUUGACAUGCAAGAAUUACCUCAUGAUUAUUUUGUUUUAUUUGCACUGGGUUUAGGUCACCAAGGAGCAGCCUUCAAAGCGAAAUGUGUGACAUGCAGGCACUGCUGAUUUCCCUUUCUAUAAUUUGUGCUAUAGGUCCCCAUUUGGUUUUCUGGAUGACCGAUAGGAGAACAGUAAGCAGCUUUUCCUGUUGCUAUUAGAGCACAGAGCUCAGCUGCUUCACCAUUGGCCAGUACAAAUCUGCCAAUACUGUAAAAUUCAUUGACAAUGGCAGAAAUUAUUUCUUAGCAUCUCUUGCCAUAAAAGGAAAAUCUCAUUAUCAUGCCAGUGUUAGGAUGCCUUUCACCAUUGGGCUCUGUGUUACUAACCAUCUUUCCCCAAGUCAAGCUGAUUAUUCCAUUCCCAGUCAAAUCCUCGGUAGAAAAGAACAAGUUUAUUCUUUCCUUACGCUUUCUGAUUUGCUUUAACAACUCUCUCUCUCAGCUCUUGAUUGUUUGAAAACCUUCUGAUUGAUUCCCCUCAUAACUCGUUACAUACUAACUGAUGUCAUUUUAUUGCUGUGCAAGGUAUUCUUCUUGAUAUUGAACUUGUUAUAAGACUGAAGUAAAAAGACCAAAGAGUGAGCGUGCUCAAUGCAGCCAGACCCACUCAAAUUAUAUUUUAUGUUCAUUCUGCUCAGAAUUUAUUAUACGCUUCUGGAGCAGAUGGGACUUAAACCUGGGCCUCCUGGCAAGAAGAUACACUUAGAGGAUCAGGAUAGGUUGAUCUGUAGCGGAAAGCGGAAUAGAAAUAACAAUCAUAAGCUUGUGAUGUAGAGGUAGUGUGUAACACUGAGCCAGGACACUUGGAAUCAGGAUCCACCUGCUCCAGGGCUGUGUCAGAACAUCUCUGAACAGGCCGAUUAUCAAAGAAAAAUGAGCAAAUGCUUUAAAUUGCAGUGUAAACAGCAGGGCCAAAGUUUGAAGAGAGAAACUUGUCAUCGAAGUCCCAGGAUCAAAUGUGUAAUUUUUACAGUAAUAUCCUGUACAUUUUUUUCUUUGACGUUUUAAAUCUUAAGAACAGUUUUGUCUUUAACUUUGUUUCCUAACACCCUCCCAAUCCCAUCUCACUGCCAUCUGUUAUGAUGCAUUUUGACAGCUAAGCCAUUCUACCUCGUUUUGGACAGCAUCCUCAUGGAGAUGGAAAGAGUUGUCAUUUCAUGACUUGUUUUUCCAGCUGUGAUAUUAGAGCUCCCACCUUUGUGUCCAGUUGACUUCAUUGCUGAUACCGGCCCAAUCCAUGCAAUCAUCCGUGUUGCACACUGUUUCUGUCAGAUUGUGGCAAAAACUACCUCAGAAUAUACUAUAUGAAGUUGCAGGUGACUGUAAAAUGGACUGGAAGUAUGUACUGUGCAUGGAAUUUGUCAUUGGUUCUGUUUGUGAUUGUGGAGAGUUUUAAUGUUGAUACAUUACUCAGGGCAUUCAUUCCAACUCCUACAGAUAUGUGCCUAGUGACUAAUGCCUUGCCCAGUGCUGAUAAAUUGAAUCUAUAACUCAUUCUCUAACAACCAAGAUAUUGUGAACGGAUGACUAUGACUCCGACUCCAAAGGAAAUUAUAUUUCCACUAAUUUGGAAUUGUAAGAUAGUGAUAUUUCGGUUAUUCAGCCAUAUUGUUGUGGUGAGGGUAAGGUUUUGCCCCGCAUCUAACUGCACUGAGCUUGAUGACAGAAGCUUGAAAUGGUGAAUUCAUGAUAACAAUGUUACCAUCCUCAUCUUGAGCAUAAGUAUUCAAACAAAAAAUGAAUGUGCACACACACCUUUAAGUACUGACUGUGCUGUCCAUAUAUAUUUAUAGAUUGAAUUGUAUUGUUAAAGUGAGCAUGUUCAUCCUUUAUAGGAACGCUAGAUAUGUCUUCUGUUUCCUAGGUUUUUGCUUUUGCUGUUCUAGUAAAUUUAUUGUUUGCAAA